AUGAAAGUUCCCGGAAUCGAAAUUUCAAAUAUAUCUGGUGGCAAUGUAAUUAUUGAUGUUAAUGGUAGUGAUGGUGGAAUUAACAGUAAAAAAAAACUCAAAUCUUCGGAUGAUGAUAUUGAUAUUGAUAUCGCACCAACAAAAUCAUCACCACCAUCAGCUAAUGAUGUGUAUCUGAAGCAGACAAUAUUUUGGAUGUGUGAAGCCCUCAAGACCUCUGGUGUGAAUUUUAUUAAACAAACAAUGAUAGGAAAACUGGGAGACGAAACAAAUUUGCAACUACAAAUAAAACAGCAGCCAGGAGAUGUGGAUUUUGAUGAUAAAUUUAUGAAGCCAGGUUACAAUCAUCCAAUUUUUGAUGAAGGGUUGGAAAAUUACAUAAAAAAAUUUCUUGCUCAAGAUAUUUAUAUGAUUGAGAAAACGAACGAAUUACAAAAGGAAGAGGUGCCAAAGGCCAAGUAA